AUGUUGAGCUCGACGGCCUCGCUGUCGCUCCAACUUUUGUCGAGGAGGACAGCGCUGUACGCCUCAAGUGCUGCUUCCACCCCCGCCGCAGUCGGACCCUCGAUGACGCGCACUGGCCGCAACGCUGCCGGCCUACUCCCCGCUUCGUCCUUCGCUGCACGUCGUCGAGCGUAUGCGACCCAGCAGAGUGCGAAUCAACGGACAGCCGAGGAGAACGCGCCCGGUGCGGAUACCACGCCUGCUGCCACACCGACGCGUGGUGCGCCUUCGCAGCCAGCGUCAGCGCGCUCACCCGCACCCGCACCCGCACCCACCGCCACCGCCACUCCUAGCGAUGCCCCAACCCCCGCCGCCCCUUCUCCCACAACACCACCAUCCGCCUCGGACCCUAUCACCCCCCCUGCCCCACCCGCCGGGGUACCGCUCUCUACCUCCUCCCCCUCCCCGUCCGAAUCGGCCCUCUCCCGCUCGAGUUCCCUCGCCGAAUCCUACCUCGACUACACCCAAGUCGCGGCGAACCCUUCCCACACCCGCGGCUUGACCUUCCCCGGCGAUACCACCAAGGCCAAAGCCAAAGGAUCGGGCACCAAAUCCUCGAUCGAACAGAAACGAGCGAACCUCACCCGAUUCUUCAUCGGAGCCGGCCUCCUCUCCGUCGGCUACGGCGCGUGGUCCUUGGGCAAACCUUGGCAGAACGAGGGAGAGAUGUCAAAGUUGUGUGGUCGGAGCGAGGACCACGAUGCGAUCCAGGACGCACAGUUGGGCGGCUUCCAGGGUUGGGUCGCGAGGACCAAGUUGAGGGGGUUCGACAUCCUCGAUGUGAGUGCCGAACUCGACCGCUCGGCACCACCUUCCUCGAGCAGAGCCUGACGUUCUGUUCGUCCCCACCUACAGUACUACAACAAACCGGCUUGGGACCCUCUCCUGCCACCGCCCAUGCCCGAACCCCAUUACCGACCCUACACGCUCGUCAUCGACCUCGACGACAUGCUCAUCCACCCGAUAUGGGAUGUCAGUCAACCACUCAAGCAAAAACAACAAAAAAAGUCACGGCAUGCCAACUGAUUUUCCUGCCUUUUUUCCUUCUCUAGACCAAACAUGGUUGGAGGACGGCCAAACGUCCGGGCGUCGACUACUUUCUCGCUUACCUCUCCCAGUUUUACGAGAUCGUGCUCUUCACCUCUCAGCCUUCCUAUGUGAGUACGCGCCGGCGCAUACGGUCCCACGCGAUCACGAGCUGACGCUUUGUCUUGGUGAUGUAGACUGCGGCGCCCAUCAUUGAACAGCUCGACCCUUAUGGCGCUUACAUCCCCUGGAAGCUCUUCAAAGAGUCGAUGAGGUUCAAGAAUGGCACCUACAUCAAGGUGCGUUCUGAAAGCGAUGAUCCUCUCCAGCGACUUGCUAACCCGCCCAUCACCUCAACACAGGAUCUCUCCUACCUCGACCGACCGCUCGAACGUACCAUCAUCCUCGACACCGACCCCUCGUACACCCAACUGCAACCGACGAACGCGAUCCAUCUCACCCCGUGGAAAGGGACGCGCGGGGACCCCACCUCGAAGGAACUCGUCGCUCUGAUCCCGUUCCUCGAAGCCUUGGCGGUGAGGAGAGUGCAGGACGUUCGACCGGUCAUUCAACAUUACGAGGGGAAACAUAUCCCGACUGCCUAUGCCGAGGUCGAGGCGAAGAUGAAGAAGGAGCUCGUGGACAAGUGGGAGAGGGAGAGGGAGGCGAUGGGCCAGGGGUGGGGGUGGGGGAGGUGGGUGAGGGAGGCGUUUGCGGGAAUCGCAAAGGUUCGUCAUAUCGCAAACAUACCGUGUGAUGGUUUCAUGAGUCGCAACUGAUGCUUCUUGCCGCGAACUACAGAAACCUUUGGACCAACCCCCCGAAUUGGACAUUGAGAAACAACGCCGCAUUUCGCAAAAUCUGUACGAGGAGGAACAAAAGUAUUGGAAGGAAAACGAGGCUUUGAUCAAGAAGCAGAUCGAGGAGGACAAGGAACGGCAGUUGAAGGAGAUGAAGGGGAGCUUGUUGACGUUUAUGGGAAUCGCGCCACCACCGCCGGGACAACAGGCGCCGGAGGGGCAGGCGGGAAAAUAA